UGCAGUAGGCCUAUGGCUUUUCAAAGGAAAAAGGAUAUUCCACUGCUGAAACUGAAUGAAACACUUCGAUUCACAACCACCGAAAAGUCCAACACUACUCACACUGAAGUAGAACACUGACUGUAUGUUAGAAUCUAGUCAACUCUAGUGUUCUGGUUUAUAAUCUAGAUUCUAGCUAGAUAUAGAUUUAGUAGAUUUACAUUGUUACAAAUACUGUAACAGAGCUCAUAACAUCACCAUCUGGCAUCUUCUGAUCCUAGCAAGUGCCAAGUGGAAGUCAAAGCCAGAUGAACUUUUACUUUGUCGAUCAUUUUUUAGAAAAAAAUGCCUGCAAUCAUAUGCUCAGGAGCAAUUAAAGACAAGGUUCCCACUAAUUUAAAAUGCCUUGAAAUAUCUACUCUAAGGCCCAAGACAAACCUUCAAAGCAUUUACAUUCAGGGAGAAGUUGUCAAACGCUAUAAGCUGUUUGAUAAUAAAGCAGAUCCACCUCUGCUAAAAAUAGACAUAAAAGAUAGUAAAAAUCCUGACAGAGUUCACUAUUUUUUUGCCUUUGGACAAGUUGCUUCAGACUUGGAUGUGUGUUCAGCUGGGGACACACUGGUUUUUAUGAAAUUCGAGAUUGAAAAAUGUCCAGGGCAUUAUGAUAAGGACUACCAAAUUAUUGCAGAUGACAGAGGAAAAUUGGAGUCUUUAGUAUGGAUAUUUAAACAGGAAAAACAAGACACAAACACAGCAAGUGUUGCCACUAGACAGCUGACAAAACCACUCAGUCCAAAGUUAAAGUACAACUACAAGCCCCUGUCCAGCCUGGAGGUCAACACCAUUGUUGAUGUGUAUGGUGUUGUUAAGUUCUUCAAACCUCCCGUCCCAACAAAAGGAAGAGACUACAUGUACAUACUAAGUCUAACAGAUGAGAGCCUGGAGAACCCUGAUGACAAAAUUAAGUGCAACAUCUUCUGUAAGGAUCCUGAGAAUGUACCAAAGUAUGAAGUUGGUGACAUUGUUAGAUUUCACAGGCUGAAGGUCCAGAGCUACCAGGGGAGCAAACAGGGCUACAAUGGCCCAGCCUUCCAGUGGCUGAUGUUCCAUGAGUCUUUAGACAACUGUCAAUCAUCCUGUCCUACCUACACCUUUGAGCAGCAGGACAGAGACAGGGUCCAAGCUCUCUUGGAAUGGUGGUCACAGUCUGGGAAGUGUAUUGAUAAUGAAACCAAAACAUUGAGCCAGGUGCAAAUAAAAUCUUAUUUUAAUCUGGUCUGCCAGGUAAUUAGAGUGUGUGAUGUUCCAUCUGAGACCUGUAAGCUGCUUACUGUCUGGGACGGUACAAAAUUUGAAGGACCUUUGAAGAAAGCCGAGGAGGAAAAGUUUGAUGAAACAGUUUUGGAAGAUGAAAACCUUAUGACUGCAUCCAAAGGCUAUGCCGUUGAUGUUUUCCUCUACGAUAAUCAUGCUGAUUCCAGUGUUGUUAUUCGUCCAGGCAACUACAUCCUGCUGGUCAACCUCCACGCUGCCGUGGUCUCUGGUCUGGUGGAGCUCACACUGCACACAGGCACCUCAUUUGGGCGCAGGUUGGAGGUGCUCUAUGACGGCUCACCUCACGCUCUCAAGUUGAAGGCCGUGCUUGACCCGUUAGUAGACAAGGGGAAUAACUUAAAGGACGUUUCAGCUGACAAAGAAUGUAGUUCUAAAGACAGUUUAAUAAACAAAGGGCAUAAUUCUAAAGAUAAUUUAGACAAGGGACAUCAUUCCAAAGAUGAUUCGAGAGACAAGGGAGGUAAUUCAAAAGAUGAUAAGGGACAAAACUCAAAGGAUGAUUUAGUCGACCAGGCACAUAAUACAAAGAAUGAUUUAGUAGACAAGGGAAGUAAUUCAAAUGAUUCAGCAGAUAAAGCACAUAUUUCAAACAAUGAUUCAGUAAAAAAUGGGUGUCACUUAAUGGAUAUUGCACCUAAGGGAUGUAAUUCAAAGGAUUCAGUGGACAAGGGACAUAAUUCAAAUGGCAAUUCAUCACACGUGCAGUCUCAGAAAGGCAUCCCCAUGAAAACACAACAUCGAAAAAGAGAGAGAGAAAAGCAGAAAGAUGAUGAAAUUCCUAGUAAAAUGCCAGUAACAGAUAUCAACACUGAUGCCGCUGAAAUCUUGAACAACACAAACAACAACCAACAAAACAUUGAGGAGAUUGAUGCCGAGGCAAUCAUAGUAGUGGAAUCCAGCGAUGACUCUCUAAGUCAGUCCAUUCUACAUCCCACAACAUCAAAAUAUGAAGCACAAAGUCCGUCUGUUCUACUACCUGCCACACCAAAAGCUGAUGCGGACACAUCGUCCAAGGAUAGUGAUUGUGUUGUAGUGGAAGAUGGGGGUGAGAUGGGGAAAGAAUGUGUUGCACUUGGAGCUUCUGCUGAAGCAGAUAGUAGAGUCAUAGCAGCAGAUAGAGUCAUACCAGCAGAUAGUAGAGUCAUACCAGCAGAUAAUAGAGUCAUAUCAGGAGGUAGUAGAGUCAUACCAGCAGAUAGUAGAGCCAUACCAGCAGAUAGUAGAGUCAUACCAGCAGACAGUAGAGUCAUAACAGCAGAUAACUCAAACAGACAGAACAAGGACAUUACACCAGGCCAGGCUGCUGAAAGUGUCCUGACAGAUGGAAGGAACCAAGAAGUAGCUACACAUGAUGUAGCAGGUAGCAACUUAGUUCUGCAGACGUCCCUACCCCAGCAUGAGGAGGAUGAGGAUUCCUCCAUUCUGCUCAGUUCCGCGUCGGUCUGUCUGUCUGCUGAAGAAGAUUCUGGGAAUGUGGUUCCAGCUGAACGGUUGGUCGAGGCUAACGGAAAUCAUGACAUUCCACAUGUGGUUGGUGCUAACGGCAGUCAAGACAUCACAUACCCACAUGUGGUUGGUGCUAAUGGUAAUCAAAACACCACAUACCCACAUGUGGUUGGUGCUAAUGUUAAUCAAAACACCACAUACCAACAUGUGGUUGGUGCUAAUGGUAAUCAAAACACCACAUACCCACAUGUGGUUGGUGCUAAUGUUAAUCAAAACACCACAUACCCACAUGUGGUUGGUGCUAAUGGUAAUCAAAACACCACAUACCCACAUGUGGUUGUUGCUAAAUGUAAUCAAGACAUCGCUUACGCACAAGUGGCUGAUGCAAAUGGCAAUGAAAACACCACAAACCCACAUGUGGUUUGUGUUAAUGGCAAUGAAUCCAACAUUCCAAGUAUAGUUGGGAACAAACAGGACAAUACAUGCUUAAGUUUUUCUAAUGACUUUCCCCUCCAUGAGGACCUAGCUCACCAGAGCUCUGAGGUUGAUGACUCAGAGAGCUACACCACCGCCCCUAGUCCAGGCCAUAGCCAGUCCACUCAGGAGAGUGCCCUGGACUUUGGUCAGACCUACACAGUAGAAGAAGCGUGUUCGUACCUUCAGCAGGAGGCUCAAAGACAGGCAGGGCUUUAUCUGGUCGAGUCUGGGUCAUACUUGACCCACGACCCUCAAAGUGAGGCUGGGUCAUACUUGACCCAUGACCCUCAAAGUGAGGCCGGGUUGUACCUUUGCCAUGAACAAAGUGAGACUGGGUCAUACCUUGGACAUGAAUCUCACAGCGAGACUGGAUUAUAUCUCAGCCAUGAUUCACAAGGUGGAACAGGAUCAUUCCUUGUCCAUAGUUCUCAAAGUGAUACCGAGUCAUACCUGGGCCACGACUCUCAAAGCCAGACCAGGUCAUAUCUGGGCCACGACCCUCAAACUGAGGCUGGACUAUACCUGACCCAUGAGUCUCAAAGAGAGGCUGGGUCUUACUAUGGCCACGCAGCCCAAGGUGAGGCAGCGUCCCAGAACCUGUACUCACCACAUGAUAUCCACAUGCUCAACUCGUUCCAGCUCAACUUUGACUCUGCCAGUUUUUCUCAGGGUGCUCACCAUGAGUACCAGACCAUGGCACCAGAUCACUUCACCCCUGGCACUGUGGUACAAGGCAGCUCUGAAAGUGAUCACGAGAACGCUGCAAGGUGUAUGCUCAAAACUGCUUCAAUUAUUAGGGACCACCCCCACGUACCCAUCUCUACCCUGCAACAAGUCCUGAGCGCAGGGGAGAUGAGCAAGUUUAGGGUCCAAGCCAGAGUGGCUGACUACAGCCCCAAGCCAACCUGUGCCACAGACAUUGUUCAUCUCUUGUGUUUUGCCUGCUUUCAGGCAGAAAGUGCCUCCCAAUCGUUGACCUGGAGCCAGACCAACCAGCUGUACUGCAGUGAAUGUAGUUCAGUGCCCAGACCCCUUAAGCCAACCAUCAUCAUCAAGUUUAUCCUGACAGAUGGACACAACUCUAUAGAGGCCAGCCUAUGGGACAAAAAUGCUGUUCAGUUUUUUAAGGGCAUAUGCCCUCAAGAUAUAUUGUCCGAUGCCCAGAGUUUCCACUCCAUACAGAGGUCCCUCAUAGACCUGUGUCCCCCAGGCUCUAGACUAGAGGAGCGCCCCCUGCUGGAGUGCUGUGUCUUGGCCUACCAGUCCCAAGGCUCCAUGGUUUACCAGAUUUUUGACACAGUUUUAGUCUAACCAGUCUCAUUUUUUUUUUUACUUUAUCGCCUGUUGAUUUUUAAACGUUGGUUUAAUUAACUCAGUUUUGAGAAAUUAAAUUUUCAUUCCAAAGAAUUGAAUUUUUAUAUUUUCAAGAAUUGAUUCUGUUAUUGUAAAUUUUUUGGCCACAUUCUACCUGUUUUAUUUUUUAAAUAAUUUUUUUGUUUGAACUUUGAGCAUUUAUUGUACAGAAAAAGACACAUAAUAUUUUAAUUCUUUAAUAAUUUACAGGAGUUUUCAAACAAUUUACAAAAUGAACUACAAAAAUAAUACAAAACUAAGCAAUUUUGUUGAAUAUAAUUUUUGUGAUAAAAACAAUCAUGUAUAAAAUUUGUA